AUGGAUUUGUCUUCGUGGUUCCGACGCAGCCUCUUAAGGAAGGGUGAAAAAACCAAAAACCCAGAUCCCUCUGAGCAAACUCUCCUGCCCCGAAGUGAAGAAGAGCAGCAACUGGGAGUCACAGAGGAACUGAUCGACCAUGUCAAGUCUUUCACUUUAGACACUUUCAAGAAUUUCCCUCUCCCAGAUGAUGAGGGAGCUGACAAUUCUCCGACAACUUCGAGCAACACUCAAAAAGAUCUAUCUGAAUGGCAGGAAAAACAUGCCACUCUUGUGCUCUCAAAAGUGAAGGAACUUUCCCAUCUGAGAUAUAAACUAUGCCCGGGAUACUUGAAGGAGCAUCAAUUUUGGAGAAUAUACUUUCUGCUUGUAAAGAAACAAGUGACUGAAUACGAGCUGCGUGCCAUACAACUAGCGAGGCUGAAAGAAAUGGCAGUGGAGAAUGAGAAGUCUACAAAUUCCAUUGCAUAUGAAGUUGAAAUGUCAGAGGCAAAGCAGGGAGCAAGCUUAGCCCUUCCAACUCCAUAG